AGCUUUUCCAUACGAUAAAAGAACAGGGCUUUUUGUUUUGCCCCAUAGUUUCUUUACUUUACUUUACUUUACAAAAUGGCGAUGGUUAUUGCUUCUGUUGGUGUUAAUCUCCGUCCUCUGUUUCCAUCUUCCUCGUCCAUCACUUCUCCAUCAUCUCUAUUUCAUUCCCGCCACUCUUUGGCCGCAACAACAGGACCCGUGCUUGGCCACAAGUGUUUUGCAGCGAAGGAGGACUUGCCCACAGCCAUUGAAGUAGUAGAAUCGAGAGAGAAUAGCGAAACUAUCUUACACUCUUUCUCUCCAUUGCCAUUGCUGUAUGCCGCUACACUCCUACCUGGAGGUGAAGCUGUUACAUCUGCGUUUGGGCCUUUUGUUGAGCUUGUCAAGUCAUUGAAUCUCCCUGACUGGCUUGUGCAUUGGGGUCACCCUGGCAACAUGGCAGUUGUGCUCUUUGCUAUGGGUGGCUAUGGUACCUAUUUGGGUUUUCGCAUACGCUAUUCUGAUGACGUGGAGGAAAAAGCUAAGGCCAAGGACUUGCAUCCCAAGCUUUUAGCUGGUAUGUUUUUCUUCUUUGCUCUUGGAGCUACUGGUGGAAUAACAUCUCUGCUCACAUCGGAUAAACCCAUUUUUGAGAGUCCUCAUUCUGUUACAGGCAUCAUUGGCCUUGCUUUGUUGACAAUACAAACUAUAUUGCCUACGCUGUUUGAGGGAAAUCCUGGAAUAAGGAAUGUUCACGGUAUCUUGGGUAGUGGUAUCAUGACUCUUUUUCUUGUUCAUGCUGCCCUUGGUCUUCAAUUAGGCCUCAGUUACUAAAUACAACUUCCAUUGAACGGGUCUUGUUAUGUUGAGGUAUUUGAGUUAUGGUGUACAUUCUUUCCUGCACAGGUUCUUAAACUCCGACAGAGAACUUUGAUUACCAGGAUGUUAUGUUCUCUUCUAUAAUUUUGUCUAAAAAUAUUGGCUAUAAUUAUACUACAAACUAUUUCACAUCUCACGAUGGAAAUGGGACUGAGA